AUGCCUACACCCUCAGGAAGUCUGAAUUUCAAAUACCAUCGAACUACACUAUGGACCAGACCAAGUGGAAGUGACGAACCACGUCCAAGCACCGAACUAUACCUAAAAGCACCGAACAUCGUGAAAAAACAAACAAAGUCCAACUUGAUGUCACCACAGUGCAUAAAGAACAUGGAAACUCGAAGAAGUACAAGUUGUUGUUCAUUUCUAAACGGAGUCGUCUGGCUCAGUGAUAUGGAGACUGAACUCGGGGCACAUCAGGUGGCGCCAUCUGUGGGACUCCGCAACAAAUAUCCAACGAAGGAAACCCGGUUUGCCAAUGCGAGUCCCCUCACAAGAAUGCAGAACUUUGAGGAAACACCACAAAUCACGACGGUGAUGGCACACAGAAACACAACAGCGAAAGUCCUAAAAGAGGGGCAAGGGUGUAAAGAAUGUUCGAAAAAAGAAGAAAGAGAAAUGGAGGAGUUUGAAGCUUUCAAAAGAUUCAAAGCUAUGAAAAAACGACAAGUGGAAAGAAGUAGUCAUAAGGUAUAG